GGGAACGACAAGUUCGACGGCUAUUGUGUGGACCUAUUGAACGAAAUCUCCAAAGUCUUCGUCACGAACUUCAAGAGCCGUUUCCGGUAUACCAUACAAAUCGUGGCGGACGGCGCCUACGGUAAGCCCAACAAAGACACCGGCGAGUGGAACGGUAUGAUUGGGGAAAUCAUGAGACAUCAGGCGGACCUGGCCUUAGCCGACCUGACAGCGACCUAUGCCCGCGAAAAAGCGGUCGACUUCACCAUGCCUUUCAUGAACCUGGGCAUCUCCAUCCUAUUUAAAAAGCCUGGGCUACCGGAGCCCGAGUUGUUCUCGUUUCUCAAGCCUUUCAAGAUGGAAGUGUGGCUGUAUUUAGCCUCUGCCUACUUGGGCAUCAGCCUAUUGUUAUGGAUAUUAGCCCGCAUAUCUCCCUAUGAAUGGGUUUCGGGUCAUCCCUGCGAUCCAGAGCCCGAGGAACUGGAGAACCAAUUCUCUAUAGGAAAUAGCCUUUGGUUUACAAUCGGAUCACUUAUGCAACAGGGAUCGGACUUAGCCCCGAAAGCCCUGUCCACCCGGACGUUGGCCAGUAUCUGGUGGUUCUUCACGCUCAUCAUGAUCUCGUCCUACACGGCCAACCUGGCCGCCAGUCUCACCCUAUCCCGUAUGGCACCGGCCAUUAGCAGCGUUGAGGACCUGGCUAAGCAAACCGCGAUUCAGUACGGAUGCAAAAAGGACGGCUCCACCUACGAUUUCUUCAAAAACUCUAAUCACUCGACUUAUCAGCGAAUGUUUAAUACAAUGGAAACCAAUCCCGAAGUCUAUGAUGACGUGGACCAGGCGAAAGAGAGGGUGCGAAAAGGGGGUUACGCCUACUUAAUGGGUACUUACAUGCCUUUCCCCUCAAGUAUAAACCCAUUCAUAACCACCAAAUCACUACUCAUUACAGAGUCCUCGACCCUGGAGUACGAGAUCGAGAGGGACUGCGACCUAAUACAGAUCGGC